UAUUUCCAGGUAAAUCAUUUCCGCCAAAAUGGAGAAGACAGAUCAAACUGAUUUAUAGAUGUCAAUGCUUUUUACCUGUAUAUCAAACACAAAUGGCAAAUACAAAUUUCUUGGAUGUCUUGAAAAGAAAGUUUCUAGCGCUGAUGUGUUUCUCCGUCGCAGUUGUAGUUAUUUUCUACUUUUCCACCARUGAAAUCAAGCGUUCUAAUGAGCAUAACCACCGUCAACCACUGUAUAAAAGAAAACUAUGGCGUCACUUGAAUCCGGCACAAGAACAAAGCCAACGUAAGGAAAUUAGGCCACUUUCUCUUCCUGAAGGAAUUCUGAAUGUUUGGUCCCGUCGGCGUGAUGCACAACGUACGAAGUUAAAGCAAAACGCUACAUCGUUCAAACGAAGUGAGACAAUGGAUACUCAGUCUAGUAAGGAAAUUAGGCCACUUUCUCUUCCUGAAGGAAUUCUGGAUGUUUGGUCCCGUCGGCGUGAUGCACAACGUACGAAGUUAAAGCAAAACGCUACAUCGUUCAAACGAARCGAGACAAUUGAUACUCAGUCUAGUUAUGAUUGUUCAUAUGAAGGCCUUGGUGAUGCAGCAGCGACAAUCCACAGCCAUCAACCUACUUGCAUUCCAUACAACAGAUCGAAAAAAGAUUGUAAUAAAGCUUUUGAAUAUUAUGAUCUCUUCGAUCUGAGUUCAAAACCCGUAAAAUGUAAAGAUAUCUCCGAUGAUGAUCCCAUUUGUAUUUUCAAGACACAAAAUCGACUGAGUUUUGACGACAAUGAGUCCAGCGUUGAAUGUGAUCCAGAUAUUUGUGAUGGUGAUGAAGUCCUUGUAGGAUGUAGAGAUGCAGUCUACGGUAUCAUCCCUAAAGAAAAAUCCUGGCUGAGAUUCGAAUCGGUGGAGAUUCUCCAGAAACAACUACCCAGCAUAAUCAAGGAGAACUCGAUAAACGGUAUGAAUUUCUGUUUUAUAAAAUGUGCCAAUGACGAAAAGCCGCAGCCACUUAUUUUCCCGCCAUUACUAAGACGGUUCCGAACGUCGAGUGACCGAGAUAGAAUCAGUGUUAAUAUCCUAGUGGAAGAUGCUGUAUCUCGUGCGCACUUUUACAGGUCUCUUCCAAGAGCUACCGACUUAUUGCGCAAACUAAAACGCUCCAAAAUCUCCACCGUUCAAAUACUUGACUUUGAGCUGGUUCAGAGUUAUGCGUCGUUUACUGUGGAAAACUUGAGAGCUUUAUUCAGUGGAAAGGAGCUGAUGGGAAAAUCUGAGACGGGAAGAAGAACUGGCAUUGACGAAAUGACGAAGCGUUUUCAACAGCGAGGAUACCAGACAUUAAUACAGGAGGAUUUGUGCUUCUUUGAUGAGUGGGGUUCUGCACUUUCCGAAAGUUAUCAAAAAAGGUCGAAACCUUUCUCUAAGAGUUUUAAGAGAGUUUUUCAGGAAUAUUUGAACCAUACAAGUUACUUGGACAAUCGCGGACUCACUCAUUUUGCGUGUGAGGUUUUACGCACUUAUGGCUAUACCAAUCCUUUCAGUAAAAAGCUUCCGGAAAUUUGCUUGGAUGGGAAAUUCGUCAGCCAAUAUCUACUAGAAUAUGUUGAACAUUUUUUGCGCGGCGUUGAAAGCCAGAACAAUGUUGCUCCUGCUUUUGUGUUCACGCAUCUGAACACGGCGCACGAAAGCAAGGGGAUUCGAAUACGAGAAGAUGAUAUUCCCUUGGGAAAACAUAUCAAGGUCGUAUCCAAAUUACAAAAUACAAUAACUAUAAUCAUAUCUGAUCACGGGGCAAAAACUAACAAAUACUCUAUCGAAACUUUUCAUGGAAGACUAGAAGUGUUUUCGCCAUUAAUGUUCAUGAUUAUACCUGAUAACGUUGCCAAAAUCCUUGGCAAGUCACGUGUUCAGAAUUUAAUAGCCAAUCAAAAGAGACUUGUUUCGCUAGUUGAUUUACAUGGUAUGUUGAAUUCAUUGGUUGAGAUGCCGUCAGCGCCCGCAGUAAUGGAUUAUCGAGUCAACGGUCUUCUUUCUGCAAUCCCUCUCAACCGCACCUGUUCAGAUCUUGAAGGUCUGAAUUCAGAUGUUUAUUGUCGUUGCAAAGGAUGGAAUCGAUUUAUUAGCACUAGUAACCACGAAGUUCAUUGGCUGGCUGAGAUAGCGUUGGGGCACAUUAACAACAUUAUAACACAACAGUUUACUAAGGGCCGUCGUCCCAAAUUUGACCGCUCUCGUAUAGGUUACGGCGCAUGCGCAAGAUUUCUUGGUAAAUCCGUCGAGACAGCGCGUCAAGAAAUCUUGGGGAAUUACGUCAUAACCAUCUUGUUACUAAUGGUUACGCCGGCGUACGGCGUAGAUUCAGUGGAACGAUUUCAGGUUAAGCUCAACUAUUCUUCGGUUGGCCAACCCAAUGUUCAAAUUAUGGAUAUUGUGAGAGUCAGUGUGUAUGGGAAGUACAAAGCAUGCGUAGAUAAGACUGUUGAUGUCAAGCUAUGCGCAUGCGCUGAACGGAAGAAGACAGCUAGUGGCAGGCCACGGCCUGAUCUUCGUCAACUUCUAUCAAGUCAUCAUUUUGGGCUGAAAACGUCGUUGAGAUUUCUGUCGUCGCGUUGUGUGAUAUUUGGAGAGAGGACAUUGAAAACCAAAGCAUUCAAAAAAAUGCAACGUCGAGUCAUAGCAUUCGAGAUUGCAAACCAGUGUCGAAAGAGAACUUUUAAGUUGAAGCUUAAUGGAAGUUUGAGACGUUCACUUGUAUCGCGGAAGCUGCCAUUUACUUUAGUCCUUAAACCUCGUACUGUUAUGUUUUUGUAUGCUGUUAAUAACGGGUGGAAGUAUGGAAGAUUUAAGCCUCUGGUAAGGCUCAUAGAAAAGUAAUUACUCUUAUGGAAAUGGUAUGUAAAUUAGAUGUCGCCAUUACUAGGUCAAGUGAUAGAAGAUAAUAAGAGAGAAUAUUAGAGAAAGAGAGAGGAGAGAAAGGAG